AUCCGCCCCCUGCCUCAUCCAGGCUUCGCCCCCCGGUCAGUCUCCGGCAGCUUCUCGCGGCUUAGCAAGCCGCUUCCCGUGAUGCUCCGCGCCUGGGUGUAGCGGUUGCCGGGCAACGCGCGGUCCCUGGCGCGGGCGUAGCUGGAACCUGCUGGGAGAUGAGGCCGCGAGGCCUCCCGCCGCUCCUGGUGGUACUCCUGAGCUGCUGGGCCUCCGUGAGCGCCCAGACCGAGGCCACCCCGGCGGUGACGACAGAGGGCCUCAACUCCACCGAGGCAGCCCUGGCGACUUUCGGACCUUCCCCGUCGACCAGGCCCCCCGGUACUCCUAGAGCCCCAGGGUCCUCCUCCGGCCCCAGGCCUACCCCGGUCACGGACGUUGCUGCUCUGUGUGUCUGUGACUUGUCCCCAGCACAGUGUGACGUCAACUGCUGCUGUGAUCCUGACUGCAGCUCUGUGGAUUUCAGUGUCUUUUCUGCCUGCUCAGUUCCAGUUGUCACGGGCGACAGCCAGUUUUGUAGUCAAAAAGCAGUCAUCUAUUCAUUGAAUUUUACAGCAAACCCACCUCAAAGAGUAUUUAAACUUGUUGACCAGAUUAAUCCAUCUAUUUUCUGCAUUCAUAUUACAAACUAUGAGCCUGCAUUAUCCUUUAUUAAUCCAGAAGUACCUGAUGAAAAUAAUUUUGAUACAUUGAUGAAAACAUCUGAUGGUUUUACAUUGAAUGCUGAAUCAGAUAUUUCCUUCACAACCAAACUGGAUAUUCCUACUACUGCAAAAUAUAAGUAUGGGGUGCCUCUGCAGACUUCAGAUUCGUUUCUGAGAUUUCCUUCCUCCCUGACAUCAUCUCUGUGCACUGAUAAUAACCCUGCAGAAUAUUUCUCGAAAGAUACACAAGAAGCCUCUUGCCAGUUGCCUCUGGAGAAGGGGACUGGUGCAUUUCUGGUGAACCAGGCUGUUAGGUGCACCAGAAAAAUAAAUUUAGAACAGUGUGAAGAAAUUGAAGCCCUCAGCAUGGCUUUUUACAGCAGCCCGGAAAUUCUGAGGGCACCUGAUUCAAGAACAAAGGUCCCUAUCACUGUUCAGUCCGUCAUCAUUCAGUCUCUAAAUAAAACGCUCACCCGACGGGAAGACACUGAUGUGCUACAGCCAGCUCUCGUCAAUGCUGGACACUUUCACCUUUGCAUGAAUGUCGUUCUUGAGGUAAAGUACAGCCUCACAUACACAGAUAGAGGUGAAGUCACCAAAGCUGAUCUGUCAUUCCUUCUGGGGACAGUUAGCAGUGUAGUGGUCCCACUGCAGCAAAAGUUUGAAAUUUAUUUUCUUCAGGAAAAUACCAAGCCAGUCCCUCUCAGUGGAAACCCUGGUUAUGUCGUGGGGCUCCCGUUAGCUGCUGGAUUCCAGCCUCAUAAGGGGUCUGGGAUUAUUCAGACCACGAACAGAUACAGACAGUUUACUAUUCUUCAUAGCACAGCUGAGCAAGACUGCUUAGCACUGGAGGGGGUCCGGACCCCAGUAUUAUUUGGUUACACUAUGCAAUCUGGCUGUAAACUAAGACUGACUGGAGCUCUCCCAUGUCGGCUCGUAGCCCAGAAGGUGAAGAACCUGCUGUGGGGCCAGGGCUUCCCAGAUUACGUGGCCCCUUUUGGAAAUUCGCAGGCCCAGGAUGUGCUGGACUGGGUGCCCAUCCACUUCAUCACCCAGUCAUUCAACAGGAAGGUAAAGGGGAGAAGGAUUCCUGCCAGCUCCCAGGGGCUUUGGUUAUAGAAGUGAAAUGGACCAAAUACGGAUCCCUACUGAAUCCACAGGCCAAAAUAGUCAAUGUAACUGCAAAUCUAAUUUCAUCCUCCUUUCCUGAGGUAGGUCUAACCUAGUUUAAAGGCAUAUGUUAAGACAGAAGUCUAGACACAACUCAAGUGUGGUAGGUGACAGGUAUUACUUUGUGUAAAAGAUUAUAAUUUAAACCAUGGGGGUUCAUAAAAUAUUUCAGCAUUUUUUACUUAGAAGGAAACGCUGAUGAUGGUUCUAUUUACAUUAGCAUUCUGGUUUCGAUGGGAUCUUUAAAAUUCUCAUGAAAAUUAUGACUGAUAUUCAUGUGUUAAUCAGACACCCUGGUAAAAUUGUUUCCCUCAUCCAAGUUAAUGGCUGAUUAGUGCUCCAGGAUCUAUCAGAUUCAUGAACUGACAGUGGUUGAGUGAGGAAGAGAAUGAAAAGUGUCUCAUUGUUGUCAUUCUGGGAGCACACUGGAGGGUGGGCCUUGCUCUCUCUGUUUAUUACAGGCCAACUCAGGAAAUGAAAGGACGAUUCUUAUUUCUACUGCGGUUACUUUUGUGGAUGUGUCUGCACCUGCAGAGGCAGGCUUCAGAGCUCCACCAGCCAUCAAUGCCAGGCUGCCCUUUAACUUCUUCUUCCCGUUUGUUUGACGUAAGUCAUCGCUUGAGGAAACUACGCCCCUCCUCUGAGGUCAUCCCCUGUGGAAAGUGCAUGUGGGGCUAGAAGUCCCUAGGGGACACUGCAUUUUAUACUUUUUGAGGGUCUUGCUUUGUCACUCAGGCUGGAGUGCAGUAGUGUGAUCAUGGCUCACUGCGGCCUUGACCUUCCGGGCUUGAGUGAUCCUCCCACCUCAGCCUCCUAAUAGCUGGGACUACAGGUACACACCACAACACCUGGCUAAUUUUAAUAUAUUCUGUAGAGAUGGGGUCUUGCUGUGUUGACCAGGCUGGUCUCAAACUCCUGGGCUCAGGUGAUCCUCCUGCCUCAGCCUCUGAAAGUGCUGAGAUUACAGGUGUGAGCCACCAUGCCUGGCCUUAUUAUACUUCUAACCUUUGAGGUUGCCUCCAAACCAGCACACUGCCCUUCUCCACUCCCUUCCCACCUUUUUUCCUUUUGGAAAUGUUAUUCUGUCUGACUUUUGAAUGGGGAAUACGCUUAACACAUAAGUCAUAGAUAGAACCCAAAAAGUCUUUGGGGAGAUGGUAAAGAAAAUGAACAGGCCUUGAAGCAGCAGAGGCACGGGGGAUUUGGCCAGUUCAUUCAUCCCCUGCUUUGAGUUAUUUUAAAAAUAUUCAGUUCAGGUUUUUUCCUUUUUAGGUCCGGUUGCAGUGAGUACAAAAAAUAGCAAAAUA